AUGGCUCGUGUUCGGUCACUCGUAUCUGAUUGCGAGGCUUUGCGUGAGAAGAACGAAGCCACCACAAAGGAACUGGAAGCAAUGCGAAAGCUUUUCGAAGAGAAGAUCGCGGCGGUGCAAGCUGAACUUGCACGGGUUGUGCAAGAACGUGACGACUUGGCGUCUGAAAUCAGUCAAGAGCGCGAAGUAGUGGUGAGCGCCAAUAAGCUCGCUGAUGAUUUCAAGAAGAAGCUAGAGAUAGCAUCGACAGCACUCGUUGAACGUCAAAGUGAGGUGGCGACUCUUCAUCAAGAGAAAGCAAAUCUUGAGGGAUUGAUAAAUAAAUCGAAAGCGGAUCUAGCUGCGCUUCAUGAAGUACAUGCAGCCGAGGUUAAAAGAAUGAACGCCGAUAUUUCUCUCAGAAACGACACCAUAGACAAACUGUCACGCGAGGCAGAGGCAAUGCAGGUGAAAAUUGCGGCAAAAGAGCACGAGUGUAACGGCUAUGUGAAGGAGGUAGUCUUUUGCGUAUCCAUAGUACUUCAGAUGUGUUUUGUGCAAGAUUUUGAGCUUGACUGCUUUGUUAUCCGGCUUGCUUGCUUCGCGUGCAGUCUUGAAGGCACGUUCCGCUAUUGGUUGAUUGGACAGUCCCUCCAUAAGUGA